AUGGCAAUCAAUCCUAUCGCUCCACCGGCCGGCGAUACAUGUACUGUGGUAUGUGGUCUCUCGGUCUCCUCUGCCCCUCAUCGUAAGCCUCGGCUGACUCCGAAAGCAGAGCGGACAUGGGAGAAUCGUGCCCCUCUCGACUCCGACGUCUUAGAUACCUUGAUCGCACAAUGCGACGAGGGCGAGGCGAACCAGCGCCCAUGGCCAGUGGGGGUCGACCACAAUCCAUUUCUGGUCUUUCCAGCGGUGCCUCCCACCUCGUUAGCGUCAACAGUGAAUCUAGUCUUGGCCAACGGCGGCACUCCCACGAGGCACGCCGACAGCGAGGACAGGCUCCUCUUUCAUCACUAUGUCGAUUAUGUGGCCUCGGUCAUGAUGCCCUUUGAACACCCUUGGAACCCCUGGAAGCUGUACUAUCCCUCGGUGUCACUGGAAUACUCCGUGCCUGGGGAGCGAGCCCUUUACCAUGCUAUCCUGGCCCAUGCGGCCUUCAAUUUGGCCCAUCUGGGCGGCGACACGGCAAAGAUGAUGCGCUUGGCAGCGAAGCACUAUAAUGCAUCCAUUCAACACGUCAAUGAUGGGAUCCAGACGUCUGCGGAUACGGACUCCGGGGGCAUUCUGGCAGCGAUCAUGACCUUGAUGAUGGCAGAAGUUUACAGCGGCCAAUCCAGGAAAUGGAAGCAUCACCUCCAGGGGGCGUGGGCUUUUCUUCUCAACUCCAGCAGCAAUGAACUCUGGAAUCAGUCCCGAUUUGCAUGCUUCUCUAUCCAGAGCUUGCUGAUCGUGAGGAUCAUCAGUAGCACUACUUCGACAGACAGCAACGGCUCCCCAUUGACGCUCAGUCCCAAUCUUCCACCUGCAACGAAUCAGAUUUCUCCAGUCAACCCAAUGCCCGCCGAUCCUCUGUCUUCUUUACUAGUCAAUGCCGAAAUUGAAUUUGCCGCCACCAUCUCAUCCACUCCGCAAUUCGGGUUUACAAUUGGCGCCCAGAGAUCCCUUCUCGAAUGCAUUUCAGCCAUCGCCACCAUUAGCCAGCAGAUGCGGUCGGACCCACCCGCCAGCACUCAGUUCGAUGCCGACCGCGCUGUCUCCCAAGUCCUGGCCUGCCUCGGACUCCUCCAGGCACAGACCAACGACGGUCCCCCCUUCCAAUCCGACAUCGACGUUCACCUCUCCACCGAGCCCAAUCAGCCUGCCUCUCAAGUACAGAGUUUGGCACGCUACCAGCUGAACGCGUUCAUCUACGCCACAUACAUCUAUCUGUACCGGUCGCUCAUGGACGCUCCGCCGAAGCGCGUCACGACAUAUGUGACCAUGACAUUUCACAACAUCUCGGCAUUCUGUGCCCAGAGCAGCGGGAACUUCUCGCUAUGGCCAGCUUUCAUCGCUGCAGUCGAAGCUUACACAGAAGCUGACAUGGCGUUGGCGCGGGAGUGGCUUGAGCGGUCCAUUCACUUUGGGCUCGGAAACAGACUUCCCGUAAAACGAAUCAUCGAGGAGGUUUGGCGGAGGAGAGACGAUGCGCACUUUGAAAGCACAAUGGACAAGGGGCUCAUUACUAUCGACUGGAGAGAUGUGGUGAGAGAUCUGGGAGUGGAUAUUUUGUUGGUUUAG